AUGUCCAGAAAACCUGCAGAACCCGCCAAAAAAGAGCAGAACGAGUACAUUCCCUCCUUCAUCUCCAAAAAGCCUUUCUACCUUGAAUCUGCGGACAGCGAAAACGACUACCUCGAGCAUCAACGUCUCCAGACCUCUACACCUGACCAGUCAAAAUGGUAUGAUCGUGGAAAGCGACUUGGUCCCGCAGCAACAAAGUUCCGCAAAGGCGCUUGUGAGAACUGUGGGGCUUUAACACAUAAGACCAAAGAUUGCUUGAGCAGGCCAAGGGCGAAGGGUGCUCGGUGGACGGGCAAGGACAUUCAAGCCGAUGAAGUAGUGCAGGAUGUUGAGUUGGGCUGGGAUGCGAAAAGAGAUCGGUGGAAUGGAUAUGAUGCGGAGCAAUACCGAAAUGUAACCGAGGAAUGGGAGGAGUUAGAGAAUCUGAAGAAAAAACUGAAAGGCGAGGAGGCAGACGCCAGUGGACAGAAGCUUCUGACUGAGGAUGAUGAACAGAGACCAGAGGGUGAGGAAGAGGAGGCGAAGUAUGCCGAGGAGUCUGAUAUGGGGCGGCAGCAGAGCACUGCUACUAGAAACCUACGAAUACGGGAGGACACAGCCAAAUACUUGCUCAAUUUGGACUUGGAUUCUGCUAAAUACGAUCCCAAGACAAGAUCAAUGGUAGACAUGGGCGCUCAAGCCGACCAAGCCGCCGCUUUAGUUGCAGAAGAUAACUUCAUGCGAGCUUCAGGGGAUGCAGCAGAAUUUGAGAGGGCGCAGAAAUACGCAUGGGAGUCACAAGAGCGAGGAGACAAGGACAAAACACAUCUGCAAGCCAAUCCUACUUCGGGCGAAUACUUUCGACGAAAAGAAAAGGAAGAGAGCGACGUGCAACGGGAGGCGCAACGAAAAUUGCUGCUGGAGAAGUAUGGCGGUGAGCAGCACCUACAACCGUCCAAAUUGCGAGAUAUGGCCGUUGUGGAAAACGAACGAUACGUGGAAUACGAUGAGACAGGAGCGAUCAAAGGAGCACCGAAAGCGGAGGCGAAGUCAAAGUAUCCGGAGGACGUGUUCCUCAAUAACCAUACUUCAGUAUGGGGAAGCUGGUGGUCCAAUUUUCAAUGGGGCUAUACCUGCUGCCAUUCUACAACUAGAAACAGUUACUGCACAGGUGAAGAGGGCAGGGUAGCCUUCGAAGAAGCCGACAAGAUCCGGACCGGUGGAGAGCUUGAAGGUGUGACCGACAUAAAGGCAAUCCGAUUAACCGAAGACAGUGUUAUACAGACUGUAGAAAAGAAAGAGCCAGUCGAGAACAAGAGAAUGGAUGGGAAAGCAGAGGCAAUGACGAAGAAAAGGACAUUGACGGAAAUGAAGGGUGGUGUUAGUGAGGAAGAACUCGAGGCUUACAAAAGGUCCAGGGCAAUGACAGAUGAUCCUAUGGCAAUGCUUUUAGGCACAGACGAGCUCCUGCAUUAG